AUGCUUUCUACUAUGCGAAACUUUUGCUCCUCCGCGGCCCGAAGCCUUCGUCCUGUUGUGUGUUCGACGACUGUUUUGGCGAGAAAAGCUCACGGCCAGGCGAAAGCUCAACCACCUUCAUUGCCGACAAGCUCCGGCGACGAGUUAACGCUUGUAAGCGGUGAGUUAAAAGUUUCCUUAUGUUUUAAUUUCCAGGGAAAAUAAUCUUGCUUGUUUAACGUUGGUAUUUUUAACCGUAGGCUUGUUUUGCUGCGUAAAAAGGUUCUCAAAAUCUCUUCAGGAUGCGCGCGCUUUUAAUAUACAUGUAUUUUUUUUGUUCGAGUAAGAUUUUAAAAACUAACCAGACAAGUCCUUUUUUAUGGUGAUAGCGCGGCCUUUUUAACACGUGUUGUAACUCUAAACGGGAAAGAAAUUUGACUAUCAAGAAAAUUUUGCUCCUCACUUGACGAAAAUGAACUGGUUUGUCCGGUUUCGAUCGUAUGUUUCCGGUAGACAGUCUCCUUUUCUUGGAUUUUAUUUUUGGAAUUGUUAUUUUAACGCAUUUUUCAGUUGGAACUGGGAAAAAUAUUUUGUGAAACUGCAAGCAAGAAUUUUGUUUUUCUUUUGGAGUCGCCAUGCUUCAAGAAUACAUAAAGUUGUUUACAAACCGCUCUGACAAAAUACGCAGUGUAGCGCACUCAGUAUCGAAUGUUCCGGCUGCAUCGAAAACACAGGUUACGUAACAGCGGCAAUCAACCCAAGUUUAAGUACAGCAAGUAUUUAAAUAAAGAUGUUGUGUUCUCUUUGUUGCCUUAAACGGAGAGAGAAAAACCGAGAACAUGUGUAUGCAUGAAUCAUUGAGAUGUGCAUGGUCAGCUGGUGGUAGACUCAUAAAAAAUAUUGGACACUAGAUGCAAACAGAGAGGUCUUUUCCCGCUUUUUGAAUUCCCAUUGGCAGACAGUCUGGCAAGGAGUGAAGAGACUAACCUGUUAUUAAAAGGAAACAAGACUUGAAAAUGUCAACUGUGAAGUGACAGGUCACAUUUGCCACUUGUUUGAAACAUAUUUUCCAAAAUAUAUAAUGGGUAGUUAUUUAUUUUUUAAUUUUGUUUUUGUCAUUGAUCUUUUGAAGCAGCAAAGAACAAUUCAGUAUAUUUGCAACUGAGUGAAUGAAAUAAUAAAUUUUGAUUAUAUUUGAAACAGGCUUAGAUUUAAAAAUUUUUGUAAUUCCUUUACUGUUGAGGGUCACCAGUGGGGUUCCUAAAUCCAUCCUCUGGACCAAAAUUUUCCUGUCAUGCUCUAUUCCCGACAGUUUAAUAAAUUUGCUUAUCUUGAUCCGGAAAGGUUCCAGAUUUCCUCAUCUUAGGAAAAGAAGUGGCAGAUACUGGGAUGGAAGGGGUGGUAAAAAUUAUGGAAACGGGCAAACUGGAGGCUUGAGAAAAUGUGACAGUCUCUGGGAAAACGUACGCUAACGAUAUUUUGUUAUCAUUAGAAAACUAACGGAUAGCUAAUGGCUUUUGUAACGUUCUAACGGUUUGUUCUAAUGCUCUAACGGUUUGUCCAAACGCUCUAACGCUUUGUCUUAAUGCUUAACGAGUUGUUCUAACAAUUUGUUCUAAUGCUCUAAUGAUUAAUCUUGUCCAAACACUCCAAUGUUUCGUUCUAACGGUUGAAUUGGUCGAAGCGAUCAAGCGCUAUUCCCUAUUAAGUGCUCUCCCAAAGAAGGUCACAAAUAUUUCUGUUACAUGGAAUUAACAGUUUUUUUUCAAGUACUUUUUAUACUGGAUAUUUGUUCUUCAGAAAAAUCAUUUCCAGAGUCGCACAUCAUAAAGUCAUCAAAUCCUGUAUCCCCUUAGUAAUAAUAAUCUACUCGCUUCCAUUUUUCUUUAAAAAUCUCAAAUCCUGGCCUUCAAAUGAGGCAAUUACAGGAUCCCCAAAAACCUAAUGGGAACUUUCUACUGUCUAGUUGUACUUUUGACCAUGUAAUGAAUCAUCCAAAAAAUAAGAUUUUCUUUAGUUGAUUUGGCAGUCAAAAUUUUUCUGUCGGUACUUUUUUUUUUAUCAGUUGUGUAAAUCGGUCAUAGCUUUGCUUUGCAGUUGAGCAUUUUGCUAUCAAAUAACCAUCCUGGAUCAGUCCACACAAAGUGUUACAGUCGUGAUUGAUUAAUACAGUCUAUCAUUAUUUUAAUAGUGAAGAAUAUUUAGGAGAGGGGAGUGGGGGGCUUAGUAACUGUCUUCCCCUGAUAAGGGGAGGGGGCUUUUUAGGGGGAGGGGACUUAUUUGAGAGGGGGGCUUUUAAAAUAGAGGAUUUAUGAUACAUGAUGAAAGAAUUUCACAUCACCCAGCCUGAAAUGUGACCUCUUUUGACUGGUUUAGUGGUCAACUAAUCCAGGGCACAGCCCAUCAUGCUCUUAGCUUUGGCCAGUUUCAGGUCAUAGCCUUAACAUUCUGAUUAUUGUAUUGUUUUGUUUAUAGGUGCUGUAUUAAAUAAUCCUCGCUCAGAGUACAGGAUGGUGCGUCAAUACAGAGGAAAAGUUAAGGCUGUUAUCCUUGAUUGGUCAGGGACUGUUAUUGACUGUGGUGUGUACUCACCAGCCAUUGUUUUCUCGGAAGUCUUCAAAGAAGCUGGAGUCCCUAUUACCAUGGAAGAGGCUCGGGAACCAAUGGGGACCCACAAGAAGGUACAUAUCCGUAGAAUCACACAGAUGGAGUCUGUUAGAAGGAGAUGGUUUGAAAAGUUUGGGCAGUUUCCCAGCGAGGAGGAUGUAGAAAGGAUGUUUCACAACUUUGUUCCAAUGCAGCUCGGAUGCCUUUUGGACUACUCUCAAAUGAUCUCUGGUGCAGUUGAAACUGUUAAUGUUCUCCGUCAUGAGAUGGGCCUCAAGAUUGGUUCCACAACUGGCUUCACUAGAGCCAUGGUAGAUAUAAUAAAGAAACCUGCCGCAGAGCAAGGUUAUGUUCCUGAUGUGUAUGUUGCUGCUGAUGAUGUGCCGCAAGCUCGUCCCUAUCCUUAUAUGGUGUGGUUAAAUGCCAUUAAAUUAGACGUGAAUCCCAUUGAAGCCCUUGUCAAGGUAGAUGACACAGCUGAAGGUGUGAGGGAAGGCACAUCAGCUGGCUGCUGGAGUGUAGGACUCGCUAAAACAGUAAGCUCAUAUCACCCGUACAUGUUAUUACCACUUCUUUGCUGAGAUUUAAUUGGCAAAAUGAGGCAAGUCCUCACUUUUUAAAUGUAACAAAAAUGCCUUGUUUCAAUGCAAUCACUAAAAUCCUUGAAAGAAAACAAAAUACAGAAAAAAUUGAUUUGUAGGAAUUUUUCUUCAUUCCUUCUAUGCUCAAAUAAAUUAUUAUUUGGAGUUAAAUGUUAUUAACAGUUGCUUGCACAGCAGCAGUAUUAUAUUUUUUACAAAAGGUUGAGAGGAAUAAUAUUAUUUCAAGCUUGGAUCUGGAUGUAGCAGGCGUUAAAUGAGCACAGUUGCUGAGUCACUGCUGCAGUAAAAGCUGUGACCAUUUUAAUGACUAAAGCUACAGUAAAAAUCGCUAAUAGCCCAUCCCAUUUGACUGCUCAAAUUUUUGUCAAACAUAACAUACUGGUUGCCAAAGCUAUUAGGCAACUUUAAACUGACUUCAUAGUUUUUUUCUUUUUUCAGAGUUAACUGCAAGAAUGAAUGGCUGAUACUUGCUAUCCUAAUGUUGUCUUGCCUAAUUUUUUCUUUUUAACAGGGAAAUUAUGUUGCCUUGAACGAGGAAGAAAUUGAAGCUCUAUCAGAAGAAGAUUAUGAGAGAAAGAUUUCACGAGCAUAUGAUGCUCUUGCCAGUGCUGGAGCCCAUUAUGUGAUUGACAGCAUUAAUGAUCUCCCACCUGUUAUCGAGGAUAUCAAUCGACGACUGGCCAGCGGAGAAAAGCCAUGAAAAAGCAGCCAAUGUUCUGCCACCUUUCAUGUACAACACUGCUAGCUAGUACCUUGCAGAAGCUGCACUAAAUGGGACCAAAAAUUUUAAUAUAUUUAAUUUGUUUUUGUUUCAACUUUCUUAAUGCUUUUGAGCUUUUGAUUUACGACCAUGAUUGCUGGACAAAGAAAAUUGAAUUCAUUGUAAUUAACUUUAUCUAACUUAUAUCUUAAUGAUGUGUAUGUACUGUGAGUUUUUAUUGUUCUUACAAAUUGUAGCACUUUCUUCAUUAAACUGGAACAGCCUGUUUCUAAAAUAGGCUUUUUUAAAAUGUAAUAAAAAACCAGAUUCUACAUUUCCCCAUUUAAUGCUCAAGUGAAGGGCAUUAUCACAUUUGCAUCUUGAAGAAUAUGGCGAAGGUUGUAAUAGUCGUGAUUUGAUGUUCCCAAAAAUUAUCAUCUUUUUGUUAAGUUAUUUGGAAGAUUUAUUUAACUUUUAAUUUAUUCUUGAUGACCCAGCUUUUUAUAUCUUUCACAUAUUGCCCACUCAUAAUAAAGAGUGGAUAAAAGUUUGACACGUUUCUAAAAGUGACCUAAGGACGUUGGAGAAUUGAGAAAAUUGGAUGGAUUUUGUUUGCAAGAAUGAAAAAAUAUAAAAUGAUCCAAUCAUAUUUUUGUAAGGAUUAAAGUGACGAUGCUCCCUCUUUAAAUCUGUAGUACCUUAAAAUACUCUAAUAAGUGCCCAGUUAUCCUUUUUGUCCGCUUUCUUUGAGCAGAACACUUCUCAUAUUUAUGUGUUCCCCAUAAUUUUCUCCACUUCCAUAUUUUAAUCCUCAGAUUUUUGUUUGAAGUUGACCUCAACACAACUGUAUCGAAUUCCAUCAAAACACCCUGUAGAAAACAAUCAAACAUACACUUGAAAACUCCAAUACGUUUUCAUUCCCUUGCAACACUAAACAUUUGGCCACCGUUUGACA